AUGAUGGGUGGUGGAAGCUUUGUCACGAAAGAUCAAAAUGAAGACACACCUUUCCCUUUACCAGAAAAGGAUAAAAUUUCAGAAUUUUUGACGAAUGGAAAAUUGAUUCAUUUGUAUCCCAAUCAUAAUGUUUCCGGAGACUCUCUUGCAACAAAGAUAAUAUUUGACUCCAAUAUUAGAAUUAGACUAAUUUGUCAUAGCGUUACAUGCAAUUAUUUCGUCAAAGGAGCUCCAAUUGAUUUUCUCAAAGAAAAAGCAAAAAAAGAAGAAAAUAUUGAAACAGAUCCAGCAACUGUUGUUGGCCUCCUUAUGGUUGAAUGGUUCAAGGUAAGGCAUAGUGAUGUUGGACAAUGCCCUCAUGAUCCAUUAACAAUCCAUGAAGCUGUUUUCGGAGGCGAAAAAAGUCCUUUGAAAUAUGUAAGAGGAAAUUUCGUUUUCCAUGAAUGGGCUGCUUAUUCAACAUUCAUUCCGAACAAUGAUGGCCCUCAUUUUAUGGCUGUUGAAACUAUUCCAAACAAUUCCUUUUUGAAACAACUUGGAGAUUCUCUAAUGAUUGAAGAUUAUCAUAAUUAA